AUGCAGAAUGAAAUGUGUCAAACCUGGGAGAAUGAUAGAUCAUUUGAUCUCUCUCUUCUUCGUCAUUUUUAUGAAUUGCUGAUUGAGAUGAAGAUCCGCAACGAGACCACAGAGAGACCAGACUCUGUCAUUGAGCUGUUACAAACAAAUGGAGUCACCAAGACCCACAUUGUUAAUCUGAUAACGAAGUAUCCACCGCUGCUUUUCGUCAAUCCGGUCAAAACCCUUAAACCCAAGAUCGAGUUCUUUCAAUCUCCGGGCUUUUCAAGAUCUGACAUUGUGAACACGCGCCAGCAAACCGAUAGGAUUGCCAAGAAAGGUCUCAUCUCUGAUUCUAAUUCUGGCAGAGAAUCUUUUUCUUCCCAAUCCCAUUCCAAUGGCAGUGACAGUACUCUAAGGAAAAUCCUGCAGGUUAUAAGAACAGAAGGUUGGGGAGGAUUAUACAGGGGACUCAAACCCUCACUGUUCGGCACUGCCGCUUCUCCGGGUAACUAUUAUUACUUCUACCAACUCUUCAAGAACAAGGCAGAGGCUCUUGCGGUUGCCCGGAAAAAGAAAGGUCUUGGUGAUGGCACUGCUGGCAUUUUCUCUUGGAUUCUUGUCGCCGCCAUUGCUGGUUCAUUGAAUGUCUCGAUGACCAUUCCUAUUUGGGUUCUUGUGACUCGUAUGCAAACUCAUACUCAAGCCGAGAUGAUAAUUAUGGAAGCAAAAAAGGAAGCUAUUUUGAGGGAAUCUGCUGCUUCUGCUUCUGCUUCUUCUCCAACCAAUUUGAUGGAUGUUUCUACACUUGAUUCUAUAAAACCUAGACCAUAUGAGACUGUUCAAGCUAUGAGAGAGGUUUAUUCUGAAGCAGGGAUUAAGGGAUUCUGGAAAGGCGUUGUACCUGCACUUGUCAUGGUAUGCAAUCCAUCUAUUCAGUUUAUGAUCUAUGAGAGCUUAUUGAAGCAUUUGAGAGCAAAACGUGUUGCUAGAAAGCAAAAUUCAAAAGGGGUUUCUGCUUCAGAGGUUUUCUUGGUAGGGGCAUUAGCAAAACUUGGAGCAACUGUUACUACCUACCCAUUGUUAGUUGUCAAGUCAAGACUUCAAGCAAAGCCAGAGAUAGGUGGUGACAACAUUUCAUUACGAUAUACAGGUACUAUGGAUGCCAUUGUUAAGAUGAUCCGUUAUGAAGGAUUGUUUAGUUUUUAUGAAGGGAUGAGCACAAAGCUAGUUCAGAGUGUUUUGGCAACUUCAAUCCUCUUCAUGGUCAAGGAGGAACUAGUAAAAACAUUUCUCAUUCUAGCAGAUAAGACCCCAAAAGUCAUUCCUUACGGGUUCAAAUGAUCAAUUAGAUGUGCAGAGAUCAUGUUAUCACAAUUGCAUUGCUCUUUGCUCAUAAUCCACAGUUGGGCAAUUUGAGUAAAGCUUCUUG